GAGGGAAGUCUUAGUGAUGGCAUCACGCGCGCUAGGGAAGCCGAGGUCGGGCUCUUCGCGGGCGGGGCUGCAGUUCCCGGUGGGGCGCGUGGGGCGCCUGCUGAGGCGCGGUCGGUACGCGGAGCGCGUGGGCUCGGGGGCGGCGGUGUACCUGGCGGCGGUGCUGGAGUACCUGGCGGCGGAGCUGCUGGAAUUGGCCGGGGAGGCGGCGCGCGCCCACAGGAAGGCCCGCAUCGCCCCGCGGCACCUGGCCCUGGCCGCCCGCAACGACGAGGAGCUGGCCCGCCUCCUCCGCACCGUCACCUUCGCCCAGGGAGGCGUCCCCCCGCACCUCCACGCCGCACUCCUGCCCGCCGCCGGGAAGAAGAAGAAGAAGCAGGAAGGCGAGAAGGCGGGGAAGAAGGAGGAGGGGAAGCACGCCAGCCAGGCCUCGCAGGAGUACUAGGCCCAAGGACGCGACUUCAUCAACUUCCGGUCAUUCAGUCAAGGCUUCUCUUGUUUUGGUUUUGGAACACCGGAAGUCGAGUGGCGGAGUACACUUCCGGGUGAAAGGACUUGGCGCAGCUUUGCAUCAACUUCCGGUCAGUCAUUCAAGGCUUUUAUUUGGUUUUGGAACACCGGAAGUCGAGUGGAGUACACUUCCGGGUCAAAGGACUUGGUGCAGGUUUUCAUUCAUUCAAGGCUUGUCUUUAUUUGUUGUUUUGGUUUUGGAACACCGGAAAUCGAGAUGCGGAGUACACUUCCGGAUGGAAGGACUGCACUCAGCUCGUUCAUUCAUUCCAGGAUUCUGUUUUUCUAAACCUCGAGUAUUAGGACACUUCUUGGCCUCUCGCUGUGGACACUUCCGGUGAAAGGGCUGGACUGCCUUUUAGGACUUUUUCUCUUUCUCUCUUCAUUUCAUUAAAGUUUUCUUUAGUUAUUUAAACGUCUAAA